AUGUUGAAAGUAUUUAAAUAUGAAUCUCAAUUAAUUCUACGCAGAAGCUACAGUAGUUCUGCACCUAGUACAAAGUUAUUUAUUGAUGGACAGUUUAUUGAUUCCAAAACCAGCAACUGGAUUGAACUUACAAACCCUGCAACAAAUGAAGUUAUUGGCAGAGUACCUGAAACAACAAAAGAAGAACUAAAUACAGCUUUAGAGGCAGCAAAGAAAGCUUACAAAUCAUGGAGCCAAAGUACUAUUAUGACGCGUCAACAGCUAAUGUUCAAGUUCGCCCGCUUGCUCCGAGAAAACCACAGCAAAUUGGCAGCAAAAAUUACAGAAGAACAAGGGAAGACCACAGCUGACGCCGAGGGCGAUGUCCUGAGAGGAAUCCAGCUGGUGGAACAUUGCUGCAGCAUCACGACGUUGCAACUUGGUGACUGCAUCCAAAACAUCGCUAAAGAUAUGGACACACACAGCUAUAAAGUGCCAUUAGGUGUUGUUGCCGGGGUCGCGGCUUUCAACUUUCCGGUGAUGAUACCACUGUGGAUGUUCCCACCCGCUAUAGUAACAGGCAACACUUGCCUUAUUAAACCUUCGGAGCAAGACCCUGGAGCAACUUUGCUCAUGAUGGAACUGCUGCAGGAGGCUGGCGCUCCUCCCGGCGUCGUCAACGUAGUCCACGGCACGCACGACCCAGUGAACUUCUUCUGUGACCACCCAGAUAUCAAAGCUGUGUCGUUCGUUGGUGGAGACGGAGCCGGCAAACACAUCUACACUAGAGCUUCUGCUGCUGGCAAGCGCGUUCAAAGCAACAUGGGCGCCAAAAACCACGGCGUGAUAAUGCCGGACGCCAAUAAGGAGCACACACUUAACCAGCUGGCUGGCGCCGCUUUCGGUGCAGCGGGGCAACGUUGCAUGGCGCUCAGCACAGCCGUCUUUGUAGGUGAAGCAAAGGAAUGGAUUCCCGACCUCGUGAAGCGAGCUCAAUCUUUAAAAGUGAAUGCCGGUCAUGUACCCGGAACUGAUGUUGGCCCUGUUAUCUCUGCCAAAGCUAAAGAACGAAUUUUAAGGCUCGUUGAAUCAGGAGUCAAAGAUGGUGCUAAACUAGUACUUGAUGGACGUGGCAUAAAGGUAUCCGGCUUCGAGAAAGGCAACUUUGUUGGACCAACAAUCCUCACAGAUGUCAAACCUAACAUGGAAUGCUACAAGGAAGAAAUCUUUGGCCCAGUUCUUAUAUGUCUCUUCGUAGACACUUUGGAUGAUGCUAUUAAAAUGAUUAAUUCUAAUCCUUACGGCAACGGAACAGCUAUAUUCACUACAAAUGGAGCCGCCGCAAGGAAGUUUUCCGCUGAGAUAGAUGUUGGACAAGUCGGAGUCAAUGUUCCCAUACCUGUUCCCCUUUCUAUGUUCUCCUUCACGGGUACUCGAGGUAGUUUCCUAGGUACAAACCACUUCUGCGGCAAACAAGGCAUUGACUUCUAUACUGAAUUGAAAACUGUAGUCUCCUUCUGGAGACAGAGUGAUGUAUCUCAUACUCAAGCUGCCGUGUCCAUGCCCACCCAACAGUAA